AUGAAUCGCAAUCUAAGAAAACGACGCUUAAGCGAUGUGGACGAGGCUGGUCCACCAGAGAAAGUGACGAAGACAAGUUCCGACGACUUUGAUGAGGAAAUUGACCUUUCCGUAGACGAAUCUGAUCUCAUCAACGACGCAGGCCGUCUAGCUCAGCUCAUUGACCCUCUUGAUUCGGAUCUACAAUCAAUAGGUAAGGAUUCAUCUGUUGCCCUCAAUGCUGAUGACGCUUUAGAAAGUGAUCUAUCCGCAAUUAGCGAAGAUGUGUUCGAGUACCUUCCUGGUAUAUCCCGAGAGGGAAGCUGGAGCGAUAUCUUCCUCAAACUUAUCGAAGACGAGGAAUAUAGAAUGUCAAUACGUGCAUUCGCCGAUGCACAUAAUCCGUCAAACUGGGUCCGCGGAAGAUCCCUCGAGGAUAUUGAUGCUUUCCACACAAGCAACGAGACUAACUGGGCAAAUCAUGAUUCAGAUAUUACUCUAGAGUGGAAAUCUUUCGUGGAAAAGAUUGAGGAAUUGCUUGGCCACGAUAUUAUUCCCGGCACAUUGAGUAAGCCGUCUGGGCCUCUCAAAGCUAUCCUAACUUGUCGAUGGCACUACCCAUCUUGGACCACGAAGAAGUCUGUCUGGGGACACGUCGCAGACAGGACCAAUCCGUGUUUGAAAGUUCAAUUUGGAAAAGCCGGCUCGAACCCUUAUAUUAGGACGGAGAACUUAUAUCCAAUUCGCGUCGACUAUACUCCUGCAGAAGGACGUCGACUCUUUGCUGAUCAUCAGAAAGGACAUCGCAUUGAAAAGAUCUGCUUCGAGUUCAUAAAAUGGAUCGACUCACACUCCAAAUUUCUGAUCGUUCUUGGAGAAGAGAACUUCCGGUACUUUAAUAGCUUAAUUGAAGUGAAAGAGGGCUGUGAGGUUAAGAAAGUGGAGCUUAAAUGUCCAGGCAUACCUGGCGUUUAUAAGAAGACGCCCUUCCUUACCAUCAUUCGCGAUAGACGCACUCAUGAUAUCCAGCAAGUGGCGUUCUUCUCAUAUCACUCCCAGUCAUUCUUUUAUGGGGGCUUUGCCCAUCUUUGUUCCGCAGCUUAUCAUGACCUUCUCUGGAAUGCAGUUCUCGAACUGUCAGGUCUGGAAAUAUCCUCCACUAAUAACUUUCUGAGGAUGGCGAAGGCUAGUAUCGCAAUGACAAAGACCCCGAAGUCUGGUACUCAAUAUGGAAGGCUUAAACUGGCUUUUCAGCUGCGUGCAGAAGAGAAGUCAAGUGGUGUGCUCCUUCCACAAGAGUUAGUUGAAACGAUAUUUAAAUCGUUUUAUGAGAAGGAUCACGAAUUAUUCGGACAGAUCCAGCUAGACUCGACUAAAAGCCACGUUAGCCGAGUCAUACGCGUCCAGAACUUUAAAGGACUUGUCGCUCGGAGAGAAAGAUCGAUGAAACUACUUCGCGGCAAGCGACCAGCAUUCGCGCGCGUGAAACAAGUCGCUGAACUAGUAGCUAAGCCCAAGGCCGAGAGCUUCUACGAAGAUUGGGUCAGGUCUUUGGCGACCGAAUUCCUCGCCUUUGCUUCGAAUAAUGGAAGAAGUACUAGUUGGGUAGACACACACGUCCAAUGGUGGACUGAGGAGUACCCAGGCGGACUUCGGUGGUCUGGGGAUGGCUGCAAAGAUCCAGACACGUUUCCUUAUGAGGAAAAGUAUCAUCCAGCUGUUAAUUUACGCAGGUCGCUGACGUGGGAAGAGAGAGAAAUGCUCAAACCUCCCGAAAAGAGGCAUCCGGAUGCCGAAAGGAUCGUUAAACGUCUCUUAAUUCUGCCCUGUCAAGAUGUAAUUAUCCGACCACGCUUCGUAGCGACAAGCCAAAAUUUUCAUCCAUCGCAACAAUGUCUAAGCCAGUUCUCUGGCCCGAGCUCGUCCCCGGCAUUCCUUAACCCGCGCGCCUUCCACACGACGGCGCAACGGUAUAAGAGCUUUGUCCGCAACAACAGCAAAGACAACAGCAAAAGCAACAGCAAAGGCAACAGCCCCAGCGCCGAGCCUAGCGGGGCUGCAGACACCUCCAGCAGACACCCACCCGCGAACCCAGAAGAGCCGCUCGACUUCGCAGACGUAGAGUCGCGCGUAAAAUCGCAAAAAGAGCACUUCGAAGGCGUACUCAAGAAACUGCGAUCCGGCGGCCGCUUCAACCCGGACAUAGUGGGCACUCUGCGAAUCCAGCCCGAUCGCAAAGACGACACGACAUACCCGCUGAAGGAAGUAGCGCAAGUGAUCCCACGGGGCGGGCGCACGAUCUCGAUCCUAGCGCACGAGGAGGAGUACGUGAAGCCGAUCAUGAGCGCGGUGCAAGCCAGCGAGGACUUCAACCAGCAGCCGCAGCGGGUGCCCGACAACGACCUGGAGCUCCUGCUGAAGAUCGAGCCGGAGUCGAAGGACGAGCUGGUGAAGAGGACGAAGGCCAUGUUUACGGAAUGGAGGGACCGCGUGCGGGCUAUUCGCCACAAGCGGGAUAAGCAGCACACGACUUGGCUCCGGGACAGGGCGAUAGGGCCGGAUCGCAAGAGGCAGGCGGAUAAGGAGCUCGAGAAGGUUAUUAAGAGCAAGAUGACGCAGAUUGAUGGUGCUGAGAAGGAGGCGCUGAAGUCUGUUGAGUCGUCGAGGUGA